AUGGAUUUUAAUUUCAAUGUAUUUUUCAUAUCUAUCUAUCUAUCUAAUAUUAUUUAUCUAUUUUUUUUAAUCAUUUAUCAUUCUGUUAAACAUCUAUCUAUCUAUCUAUCCUUUAAAUCUAUUUAUUCAUAUUUAUUUCUAAAUUUUAUUUUUAUUUAUAAUAUCUAUAAUAUCUAUCUAUCCUAUUAUCUAUCAAAAUAUCUAUCUUUUUAUAUAAAUGCUUUUAUUCAUAUUUAUUUAUUUAUCUAUAUAUAUAUCUAUAUAUCUAUCUAUCCUUUUCUUUUAUUCAUAUCUUCCACAUUUAUCAUUCUGUUCAAAAUUUAUCUAUCUAUCUAUCUAUCUUUUUUGUUUUUUUAUUCAUAUUUAUUUAUAAUUAAAUUUUUAUUUUAUUUUAUCUAUCUAUCUAUCUAUUUAUCUAUCUAUCUAUCUAUCUAUCUAUCUAUCUAUAUUCUAUUUAUCUUCUUAUAUCUAUAUAUAUCUAUUUAUUUAUUUAUAAUAUAUAUUUAUCUAUCUAUAUAUAUAUCUAUCUAUCUAUCUAUCUUAUUUAUUCAUAUCUAUCUAUCUAUUUCUGUUUUUUAUAUCAUAUCUAUCUAUCUAUCUAUCUAUCUAUCUAUCUAUCUAUCUAUCUAUCUAUCUAUCUAUCUAUCUAUCAGUCUGAAAAUAUUUAUCUAUCUAUCUAUCUAUCUAUCUAUCUAUCUAUCUAUCUAUCUAUUUAUCUAUCUCAUUUUUUCGUAUGUCUAUCUAUCUAUUCAAUGUUGA